CAGUGCUUGUCAACCACAAGAUGAUCCAUUGGUGCCCCUCGAAAGUAGAGGGUUCUUCCCGCUCCAAUUUGAGCGACUGCUAAUUUUAAACCUACAAACAAUGGCCGCCCCCAACAUUCGAACAAAAUUCGACACUAUUGGCUGAUACAGAUUUCCCAAAAUCUUCAAUCCCUAUUAACCCACUUCUUCUCAAUCUCUCACCUCCUCAAUCGAUCAACAAUGGCUUCUUCUUCUUCGUUGUCGUCGGCACCAGUUAGUAAUGCGAUGCAGGUCGCGUUCGCGUUCGCAAUCGCGGUCUGGAUCUCCUUCCCCGCCGCCGUCCACAGCUCCUCUACGCAGCAAUUCUCCGUCGGCGGCUCGGCGAAGAAAGUCAUCGAUUCUCCUUUAUUGACGGAAAAGAUCGCCACCAAUCGCACCAUAAAGGUGGAUAUCAACGGCGACGGGGAGUUCAGGUCUGUUCAAGCCGCCAUCGAUUCCGUACCCGAAGGAAACUCCGAGUGGAUCAUCGUCCACCUCAGGAAAGGGGUUUACAGGGAGAAGAUACAUGUACCAGAGAACAAACCCUACAUAUUCAUGAGGGGAAACGGGAAGGGGAAGACAUGGAUCGUCUGGGAGCAGAGCUCCUUAGACAACAAGGAGUCUGCCACACUCAGAGUCGAAGCCCCACACUUCGUUGCCUUCGGCAUCAGCUUUAAGAACGAUGCUCCGACUGGAGUAGCUUACACGUCGCAGAAUCAAUCGGUGGCGGCGUUUGUGAGUGCAGACAAGGUGGCAUUCUACCAUUGUGGAUUCUACAGUGCUCAUAACACUCUGUUCGAUUACAAAGGCAGACAUUAUUAUGAGAAUUGCUACAUUCAAGGCUCUGUCGAUUUUAUCUUCGGCCGCGCUCAAUCUGUCUUCCAUAGCUGCGAGAUAUUUGUGAAUGCAGAUCGGAGGGUGCAGAUAUCAGGGUCCAUCACGGCUCAAAACAGGAAUAGCGCUGAUGAGCCCAGUGGGUUUGUAUUUGUGAAAGGGAAGGUCUACGGUGUGGGCGAAGUUUACUUGGGCCGGGCCAAAGGGGCCCACUCCAGAGUGGUCUUCGCCAAGACGUACAUCUCCAAGACCAUCGUCCCAAUGGGCUGGACCAACUGGAGCUACGAUGGCAGCACAAAGAAUAUGUUCCAUGCGGAGUAUGCCUGCCAUGGACCAGGGGCAGCGUCGGAAGCAAGAGCCCUUUGGUCGCGCCAACUCACCAAAGAAGAAGCUGCUCCCUUCCUGUCCGUUGAUUUCAUCGACGGCAAAGAAUGGCUGCCCGCGUGGCUAUGAUCAUAGCCGUCCAUCAUUGGGAUGACUCGUUACCAGAAACCAAGAGCCAAGAAAGAUUUUACUUCUAAAGCUAACAAGAAAGUCAAUACUUCAUGCCUUUAUGAGAUGUGUUUUAUUAAGAGUAUAAGUUGUUAAGUCCAAGCUAACAAGAAAGUCAAUACUCCAUGCCUUAUGAGAUGUGUUUCAUUAAGAGGAUAAGCAAGUCCAUCCGUAGUUUAUUCGAUCGAUUAAAUUCAUUUUAUAGUUUAUC